AUGAAGAUAUUCAGAAGAAAAUUUGGGCUGCUUCUUCUACUUUUAUUCUGCCUUUUCAUCGGUUCUACAUUCAAACUGUUCGUGCAGCAGCAUCAUCAUAAUCAUGAAUCAUCAUCGUCCCUCCUACCAAUCAGCAAUGACCUUCCGUCUAGCAACGGCAAAAAAAAGGAGUUAAGUUUUGGAACUUUUGACCUUACAAUCCACAAUCAAACAUUUGAUUACCGGUACUCGUCCAAACUGCCGUUGAGCCGAGGCUCCAAUCUAAAAUCCGAGCCAAGCAUUGUGUUUGGAAUUUUGUCCGCUCCCAACAACGUUGCCGCGAGACAGGCAAUUAGGGCUUCUUGGGGCAAGGAAGAAGCGUUGUUCUUUGUCUUGGGCGGGGAAACUUAUACAUCUGAAAUCAAUCUCGAGCUCCGAACUUUUCACGACAUCGUCUUUGUCGAUGCUCCGGAAGAUUAUCGAUCCGGAUUGACUCGCAAGACCAUGCUGAUUCUUCACUUUUUUCAUCAUUUGUACAAUGAGAACUGCAAAAAAGAUGAUUGGGAAACAUCAACCACUUGCUACGACUUUCUCUUCAAGACUGACGAUGAUUCGUAUGUCAAUACUACCCAACUGCGGUUCGAGCUCUCGGGAAAAGACCCAACGACAGGUGAAGCGAUUGCAUUUUACGGCGAACCAUCCGUCAAGACGGAACCCGACCGCAACACAUCCUCUCGCUUUUACAUUAGCCAUGAAGAAUACUCUGCCAAGUUCUAUCCGCCAUACGCCUUUGGCAUGGGAUAUGCUUUGUCAUCUCCACUGGUGGCCUGUGUUUGUCAGCAAAUGAGAAAGGUUCGCAAACAACUCCCUUGGGAGGAUGUGGCCACUGGAAGUUUGGUCAAGAAAUGCGGCUUCAAGCUGACUUGGGCCAACUGGUCCUUGCCAGGGUAUCCGGCAAAAUUCCAAGUGCAGUACUUUCCCUAUGAGAUUCUAAAGCCAGGUGGGUUUUCCGUCACUUUGGUGCAUGGCGUCAAGAAUCCCGAUUGGAUGAUGCUCUUGCAUCUCCAAAAACCUUUGCCAUGA